AUGAUUGUCGUCGUUAGAGGCGAAGGAAUGGCAUACGGAGAGCCGGGAGGGCGUGGCGGCGGCGAUUUUGAGAUGCUGGGCAGUGCCACAAGAUACGUAACUAAAUUUAAGGGGUGGUGACUCGCA